AUGGCUGAUGAUCCUUUUCCCAAGCUGGGAAGUGUGUAUAGAGCAUCUCGUACCAAAUCCAAUAAGUUCACUCGCAAUGUAUCCGACGCCCAAUUGAAUUCAGGAAAAACUGGUGACUCUGAGGCGAUUUCAAUUUCAAUAUCUUGGUGUUCUCCAAAUUCCAGCAAUCAGAAUUUGAUCCAGAAGAUAACAAACAAGGAUGACACUGACUCAGACACCGGAGACAAGAGUCAUGAAGGAUCCAAGAAGAGCAAGUGGUUCUGGAAAUUCUUUGCUAAUUUGGAUAAACUGACAGUAGACGAGAUCAAUUCACAGGUAUUACGGUGGCACUGCCCAGCAUGCCAAGGUGGUACUGGGGCUAUUGAUUGGUAUCAUGGGUUGCAGCCGCUUCUGAAUCAUGCUAGGGCAACUAAAGUUAGGAGGGCGAGAUUGCAUCGAGCGUUCGCUGAAACUUUGGAGGAAGAGUGCUAUAGGAGAGGAGCUCAGUUGAUGAGGUUUGGUGAAUCAUAUGGACUAUGGGAGGGUCUUGAUAAGAAAGUCAAGGAUCAUGAAAUUGUUUGGCCCCCAAUGGUUCUCAUUAUGAAUACAAAAUAUGAGCAGGAUGAAAACAAAAAGUGGACUGGAAUGGGGAACCAAGAACUCCUUGAUUGUUUCAGUGACUAUGCCGCAAUGAAGGCUCGACACUCAUAUGGUCCACAUGGGCACCGAGGGAUGAGUGUUUUGAUUUUUGAAGCAUCUACAGCAGGUUACUUAGAGUCUGUGCGGCUCCACAAACACUUCAGAGAGCAAGGGAGAGAUAGGGAAGCAUGGAAUCAUUGUAAGAAACUAUUUGUCCCAGGGGGAAAGCGCCAACUUUAUGGUUACUUGGCUUCUAGAGAAGAUUUGGAUGUUUUCAACAAGCACUCUAGAGGAAAGUCAAAAUUGAAGUUUGAAAUGAAGUCAUACCAAGAGAUGGUUGAGAGCAAGAUAAAGCACAUCAAUGAAGAUGGUCAACAGCUGGGCUUUUUUAAGGACAUGAUAGCUAAAGAACAACUCAAAUCGAAAGUCUUCGCAGACACUUUAUGUAAAGUAACUGACAAGUUACGCAAGACAACUGAAGAAAACCAUGUUGUGAGAGAACGAACUAAGGAACAUCAUCAACAAAACAAGGAGGAGAUGGAUGCACAAGAAGCUUUUUUCCUUGAUCAAAUGCAAAUCAUUCAUCAAGCAAUAGCUGCAAAGGAAGAUGAGUUUGCAAAAUCACAACAGGCAAAACGGGAAGCAAUAUCGGCUAAUGGAGGUUCUUCUGCGAAAGAGGGCGGCAAUAAUAUAAUGGAGAAUAUUUCUAGUUUCAUGAAGUCCCAAGAUAAAGACAUGGGGAAAUUUGAGGCAGAGAGAGACAAAAUCUUAAAAAUGCAUGAAGAAAAAGAGUUGGCUCUGAAGAAGAAGCAGUGGCAAGAGCAGGUCCAACUUGCAAAGGAAUUGGAAAAUGAACUCACUCAGCUCAUGAACAAGCAUGCUUAA